GAUUGCGACCUUGUACGGUCUAGUCACUUCGAUUGAUUUUUUGUUACGUGUAUUAGUCAGUUUUAAGCAUUUUAUUGCGUUGUUUGUCCGUUUUUGUUGUGAAAAACGGGUCGAGCUUUAAUCCAGGCAUAUUUUGCUAUAACCAUCCAAAUCUAAGAACAUAGCAAACAUGUCGAUCCACAUCAAGGACUCCGAUGACCUGAAGAACAGGCUGGCCGAGGCCGGCGACAAGCUGGUGGUGAUCGACUUCAUGGCCACCUGGUGCGGACCCUGCAAGAUGAUCGGGCCCAAACUAGACGAGAUGGCCAAUGAAAUGUCUGACUGCAUCGUUGUUCUUAAGGUGGACGUUGACGAGUGCGAGGACAUCGCGACGGAGUACAACAUCAACUCCAUGCCCACCUUCGUGUUCGUGAAGAACAGCAAGAAAAUAGAGGAAUUCUCCGGCGCUAAUGUAGACAAGCUGAGGAACACAAUUAUCAAGCUUAAGUAAAGCGGAGCUAGGGUUUUGUACGCUCUCCAACAUUCCUCCACGGAAUACCUUACAAGAGGCAUUUUGAAACAGCAUUUUGACAGUGAAACUUAACUUAUAAUACUUUGAUCGGCAUGUUUAGUUGCUGGUUGACUAACAUAUACGUAAAUAUUGCUGAUGCAUACAGACAGUCCGUAGGAUAGCUAAUCUUAACUCUGCUGCCCCAAUAUGAAAUUAUAAGACUGCUUGUGUGAAGUUUUGAACUUUGAAAUUGAUGCCUUUGCAGGGUUAUUCCGUUGUAGGUAAUUAGCAGCUGGGAAUGUUUAGCACACGGCACUUAUGCAUAAUAUGUUAAUUUAUAUGGCCAUCAGAAGGAUCACAAUUUUUUGUUUUUAAUAUUUUUUUAAUGAAAUGUAGUAGACGUAUUUUUUAAUGCAAGUGUCUUAUCGCACUAUGUGUGCUUUUUGCAAUUCGGUUCAGCGUACAAACUCAUAUUCGUAUUAUAUGCCGUGUAUUUCUUUA